ACUCCUCAGAAAAAUGAAUUAUGGAGGAGAUUGAUGUGGUCCUCACUCACUCACUCACUCUCCCACUCCUCCUGCCCCUUCAUCACUUCUACUUAUUACGCUUCUCCUUCCUUCCCCCUCCCCUCGUUGCACCACAUCCCAACUCCCAAACCAAACCAAACCAAAUAAUAAUACUGGGGUCAAUCCAUUGAUGGAGGGGAUGAGUAAAUUGGACUCGGACAAGCAGAUGAAGGAGAAGCCGCAUGUGGUGGUGAUGGUGAAGAAGGAGGAGGAGGAAUUUGAUGAUGAGCUGCAAGUGGACAGGAAGAAGAAAGGUAAGAGAUCGUCGUCGUCAUCAUCAGGAGGAGGAGGAGGAGGUGCAAUGAGACGGUGUCAGGCAGACAGGUGCACAGCUGAUCUGAGUGAUGAAAAGAAAUAUCACAGAAAGCAUAAGGUUUGUGACCUUCAUUCCAAGUCUCAGGUUGUGCUUGUCGCUGGCCUCCACCAAAGGUUUUGCCAGCAAUGCAGCAGAUUUCAUGAGCUAUCAGAGUUUGACGACACCAAACGGAGUUGUCGUAGGCGUUUGUCAGGACACAAUGAACGACGAAGGAAGAAUCCAGCCGAGUCUCAUGCUGUGGAAGGCUCAAGCCGCAAUGUUGGUACAAGGACUCAGUCCACUCACAAGCACUUCCAAAUCAAAUAAGAUUUAGAACAAGCAUGCUCCCUCUCUUCUGUCAACUUAAAGAUGUACAAUAAUAAUAAUAGAUGUUGGAUAUUUGGCUUGUAAGACAAAUCAAUUUCAUGUACUGUGCUAGGAUUGCUGCUACUCGGCUGAUUUAUCUUUUGGUAUAUUUCUUGUGUAUGCGGAAUUAUCUGGAAGGAGAAAGAGAAUGCAUCGAAUGGACUGGAAUAAAAAAGCCUCA